ACUCCUUACAUUAUAACUAAAUAUGUACGAGACUGAAGUUUAACGGCGUCUGCUAAUGCUUAUUUCACUGCGCAUGUGCGUCACCUAACUUUGCGAGGGACAGCCACAGUAAACAAAAGAUCUGGAGGCCUCACUCGGGCGGGUCGGCUCCCAGGGAACUAGUAACUGCUGAUCGAUGAUCUAUCGCUAAUCAGUUAUCCAUCGACAAAGUAAAACAAAAACGGUCUUCAUACUCAGACACGUCUUAACAUGAUUUCUGAGUAAUCGAUAAGAAGAUUUCUUUAUGAGUAAAAGGGAUUAAAUGAUUAGAAGGAAAAGAUGCCACAGAUAAAUAUCCCUAUGCCAGUAGAUAAAAUAAGAAAUGAUACACAGUUUCAAAAGAUUGUCCUGAAUAUCAACAUAAAGAAGUCCAAGGUUUUGUUAAAAUGUUUUUGGAACUUCCUUUUUCUUUCAUUAAUCAUAUCGAUGAUAGUAACGACGUUACUAAUUCAUCAACUACAAGCACAGAUGAAUUUCCUCAUAUCAAUGUAUCAAGACAGCAAUGAGAAUAAUCGUGUUAAUUCGUCAAAUUCAUCAGUAAAUUAUAACGAUCCUGUUAGACCAGUUAUAUCUUCUACUCUUGAAUUUUCUAAUCAAAUGGAAGUCAGGAAUGAUAAAAAUUCCCGCAUCACUAGGUUAAAGCCUUAUAAUCAGCAAAAUUUUCUACGCUCCGAAACGCAAUAUAACACGACAUUGGAAGAUAAAACAAGUCAUGAUCACAAAUUAAUCUCACAGAGUGAAUUGCGAAUGAGAAGAAUGCGAAGGGAUCACAAAGAAAGUGAAAAAGGACAAAACAAGAUAGAAAAUAAAAGACAACAUAUCAAGGACAAAGAUGAAAAACGACGACAGAGCAAGAAAAAGAAACGGCAACAAAAACGCCAACAGAACAGAAGAGGACGCAAACACAAGCGAUCAAGACCGUUAAUGGCUACGUUCAUUGGUCAAGUACCUGAAAGUGUAAAUGCAGUUAUUGGACGUUGGAUGAAAAGCAAUGCAAAUCAUCAAUAUGAUUUCACAGAGUUUCAUUUGGUGAAUAAUAAUAUGGAAAUCGAAAUUGGCAUAAGUGGUUUAUAUAUAAUCUCUGUACAGAUAUUUUAUGUUUCAAAUGCAACAAAUUCCUAUUGGCUGUUGUUAAAUUCUAAGGGUGCAUCGACAACACGAAAGUUGAUUACAUGUGCUACCGCUCCUUCAGAUAUGGAAGUAUCAUGUUAUACGAGUUUAAUUAUAUAUUUACAAGAACGUGAUAGAUUGUCUCUGCAGCAGGUGCAGAAAGAAAGAUUGAUCAAAUUGAAAGAGGGAUAUAGUCAAAUACAAAUUAUGCUGCUUGACAAUGAUAGAAGGCAUACAAUGGUAGAAGACGUACAAACCUGAAGUUCAUGCGAAAUUAUAAAAUAGAUAGGCUAACUCUCUUUCUCUUUCUCUCUCUCCGGUAUUUAUAUGCCACGUGAGAAUCUAUGAGGGUAACUUUAGUAUAUCCCUUACAAAAAAAAUCACUGGCUAGAUAUUAUAAUGUAUGUGGUUGUAAUUCCGCUGUAAUUCCGCUCGAAAUUAUUAUAUAUGACACAUCACAUACAUGUUAGUUACUGCAAUACUGCAAAUACUACAGGUAACAAAUUUUUAUAGUAUUUUGCAGUAGAAUUUUACAUCAUGUCAAAAAACAAACACUAACGAGAAGACUGCGUCUUAUUGGCGUGCUGACAAGCGUAUUGCAAGCUAAAAAGUACUGAUUCAGAUGAAAAUGCUGUAAUUUUUUAAAAUGUAAAAAGUACAAUGUGAUUUCUUUUGUUAACUCGUUUUUUCAUAAAUUAAGUGAACAAAUUGAAUUGUAUAACAUGUUGUGAGAAUUUUUAUUUUAUUUGUAUUUUUAUAUAAAAAGAAUUUUUUCCUAAAAAAUUUGUUUCCUAGAAGAAUAUAUGUAUAAAUCACAUGUAUUUCGUUUUAGAAAUCGACUAUUGUAUAGAUGUGAUGUUAGUAUUACUAUUCAGUAAACAUCAAUGGUAACGUAACGUCAUUAUUAUAAUUUCCUACUCAAUAAAACGUAAUUAUUAUUUCUUACUCAAUAAAAUAUGAUUACGUACAUGAAUUACAUAGACCUUUGAAAUUGAGACUCAUAAAUACUUUGUUCACAAUUUUAAUUGUUUUUAAUGUAUUAUUUUUUGCUGAAUACAAAUUCGUUAUCCAAAUUUGGUUACCGCGUCAAGAUUUUCAGAAACAUGGCAUCAAAAUACUUAAUUGUUUAUGGCCACUUUGACAUGGUUAUUCUCAAAACCACACGAUAACUCUUGUCAUGAUAAUUUUUGCUGAAUACGAAUUCGUUAUCCAAAUUUGGUUACCGCGUCAAGAUUUUAAGAAACAUGGCAUCAAAAUACUUAAUUGUUUAUGGCCACUUUGACAUGGUUAUUCUCAAAACCACGUGAUAACUCCUGCCAUGAACUUUUUUGCGUAUUUAAGUAAUAUAUAUGUAUUGAUUAGAGUAUUAUACUCUAAAUAAUAUAAAAUAACAAUUUUAACAAUUAUUGUGAAUUUAAUUAUAAUAUUGAUGUUAUAGGGGAGACUGGGGCUAUUCGUAAAACCUUUUUUUUCUUUUGCGUCUCGUGAGUUUUAUAUUCAUUAAAAAAAAGACAUGAGACGGUUUGAAAAGUUGAACCUUAUUCCCCUUCCUCUUCCUCUUCACAAAUGGAAAUGUACUUGCUUUGAAGUACAUAUAAAAAUGUCGACCAAUGCCAAGUAUUUCGAAUAGCCUCAAACCCGGGGUAAUUCGAAAAUAGUCCGGGAAUAUUCUGAAAUUUGUGUUUUAAAAUAAAAAAAUGUAAAAAAGCUGUUGUGAAGACUUUUUUUAUUAAGAAAAGGAAUAUAUAGUGUUAUAAAGAAAUGUUACAUACAAAAAAAAAAAAAAAGUACAAACACACAAUAGAGAAAUUUAUUGCUUUAACGUUUUCGAAACAAGUCAGAGACUAUUCGUAUUUUGUGUAAUUACAUUUGUUAAGUAUUAAAUUGUGUAUUUUGGAACAUAGAACGCGAAUAUGAAAGAAAAAAAUCGUCCGAAUCGAUUCGACGUUUGGUUUUUCGAAUAGCCCCGACGUCAACUGUGCGCAUUAUUACGUAUGAUCUACAAAAAUAGACAUCACACAGCAAAAAGUAAACACGAAAUGUUUCAAAUACAUUCAACU